UGCUUUCAUACUCAUUCGUGCAAAAAGACUCCAUCUCCAAGAAACCCAUCUUGUUCUUUUUCCCCCCCUUAUUAGCUCUCUAUUAUCUUUACUUUUCAACUAAAGGAGGCGUUCACUUGUCAAAAUUAUCUUGAUUUGCAGUCGCAUGACGUUAAUUUCAGUCCGUCUGGAGCAUAUUUGUUAAGGAUGAAUCAUACGCCUCUUUUGAGCAGAAUGGACUUGGUGAGAGACGAGCUUCCGCCUGCAAACAAGUAGCUAUAUGCUAGCCGACUGUGGCUUGUUCUACUGUUUGGCUACUAUGGAAAAGCCAAAUUUCACACUUCACCCAUUGACUGGUUGGUCUACAAGCUGCACGUUUUAGAUGCACUUCUUGAAUCCUGCGCGUUGAUUCAAACAACCGACAUGGAGGAAGUUGACAAAAUCUUGAUCCUCGCCCUAAAACAAGUCGGCACCGAGCUGAGUGAGGAGGUUUGUAGUGUCAAAGACUUCACCAGUGAGCUGAUAGUGGAGGCGGUGGUGAGAUGCAUCCGGGUGAUCGAUCCCGGCUUGGGCAGCGCGCUGCCAACCUCCCUCCCGCCUGGAAUGUCUGCUCGCUUCAGGGUGGGGAUGAGCCUGGCACAAGCAUGUCAGGACCUUGGUUAUAAAGGCGAAAUAGGUUAUCAAACCUUCUUGUACAGCAGUGAGACAGAGAUUCGCUCCCUGCUCAUGUUCCUUGUGGAGAAACUGCCCAGGGAAAGUACUGAGGCCUCCGAUCAACCAUCAGGCAAAUCCACCAUUCGUCAGAGAGCUAUUGCUGCUGCUAUUAAAGCCCAGCUGGUAGCACCAUGGCUCCCUCCAAACUGCAGGCUACCACUGCAUGGUGAAACACAAAGUUUAGGUGCAAUGCACAGCUUCCAUGUGCAGCCUCUCAGUUUACCUUACUGUAUCAAAGAUUCAGGGAAGGCAUCACUGAAAGAGAUGAAAGACUACCAGCGAGAUUUUCUUCCUCCUGUGACUGCUCAGCUCACUCGUAAUGCCACUGUGGCAGCGUCCUUACUGGAACAGCACACAGUUGAGCUUAGUGCAUCUCAGGAAUGGGACAAUGAGUGGAACAGUCAGGGACUCCUGUCUCGCCUUACUCCACAGGACUACAGGGCCCGAAAACUGACGCGGCUGCGUAAACGUAUUGAGGAGCAGUUGCGCUCUGCUGCCCUUCCCCCUGCGGAAAGUGCCUUUGGCGCUCUUGGCGCUACCUCGGAUUUGUCUGAAAUACUACAAUCCUUCAGGGGGUCCGCUUCUUCUGACCACAACCUGACCAAGGGCUCUCACUUCACCCAUUCCCAGAAGUUCACUUUUACACAGGAGAUAGACGCAGCACCAUCCCCUGUGCGGCAGACAAAUGAUAACCAUUGCAGUCAGCAGGAGGAGCUAGCGUCUUUGCAGCAACAAUUUCAGCAGCUGUGCAGUGACGUCGACCAACUAACUACGGAACUGAAGCACCUGAGUGUCACUCAUGCUCAGGCACUUGAUGAGCUCAAACAACGGGAGAGGCAGAACAAUGAGCUGGAGGAAAAGAUCCAGCUGAAAAAGAAAACCAUUGAUCUUUUACCGGACGCUGAUAGCAACAUAGUGGAGCUUCAGGCUCAGGUGGAGGCCAGUGCCCAGCGGGUGGUGAACCUGGCUUCUCAGUGGGAGAAACACCGUGCACCGCUCAUUGAGGAACACCGCAGGCUUAAAGCGAUCUGCAGUAAUCAGGAUAUGGAAUCAUCCAAAAAGCUGUCUGAAAUCAAGAUUCUACAUGACAAAAUCCGUUUAUCAACAGAGGAGGCCAAGAAGAAGGAGGAAAUAUACAAACAGCUGGUAACGGAGUUAGAAAGUCUUCCCAAGGAUGUGUCUCGGGCAGCGUACACACAGAGGAUACUGGAGAUUGUGAGCAACAUCAAGAAACAGAAGGAGGAAAUCACCAAGAUUUUGUCUGACACUAAAGAACUGCAAAAAGAGAUCAACAGCCUCACAGGAAAACUGGACAGGACUUUUGCUGUCACCGAUGAGCUUGUCUUUAAGGAUGCCAAAAAAGACGAGUCGGUCCGCAAGUCCUACAAGUAUCUGGCUGCUCUACAUGAAAACUGCAAUCAACUAAUCCAAACCAUUGAGGACACUGGUACGAUCCUAAGAGAGAUACGAGAUCUAGAAGAGCAGAUUGACACAGAAAAUACUAACAAAUUGGUGGCUAAUCUGGAGAAGAUCCUAGAAGACUACAAGGCCAUUCGAAAAGAGAAUUCUGCACUUGCUGCCAAGGUUAGAGACGGCUAACUCCGAGGCACCUACUGAUGGUCAAGCUUAAAAAAAAACUGUUGUUGCUCUGAACUUGACUGAAGCAAUUGCAAUCGGAGAGCAACUUUUCUUCAAAAAGCGGUAUUUGUACCACAGUAACUGAGCAAGCAUUUUUGAUAUGUGAUAUUGAUCCUGAAGCCUGAUGGGGUUUUUUUUUUUUUUCUUUUUUAAAUGUUAAUCACAACAGCGGCUACACAUGAUCUAAGUUUCUAAAACCCACACUGGUUACUGAAAAAACUUGAGACAAAAAUUAUAAUAAAUGGAAAUGUACUGAAUGAAUUAAUGAAAGUCAGGCACCAGCAAUUUUGUUCACUUGUUUUGGUACGCCAUUCCAAUCCUCACUGAAAUCAAAAUCGACAGCAAAAGGUAAUGCCCCAUUCUGCCUUCCUUUCUUUCUCAUUGUUGAGGAAAAAUAACAUAUUAUUAGAUCAUCUUUUUUCUUGAAUACAACAAGCACCCUUGUAAUUUUUAGAAUGAGCCGUAUUUGAAAUGAAUGUUGAGUGAAUGCUAUUUGAAUGUCAUUUAGAUCUAUUAUUAAAAAAGUUAUCUAUUGUUUCAAACAAUAA